ACCGAGGUACCCGCCAAGAACGCGAAUUAUUCCGCUCUCCCUCACUUCAUGGCAUCACCCGCGUCCAUAUUACCUCACCCCGACCCUCCAUGUCGAACUUCUGAGGUGACGCGGCGCUCGAUUCAGCCCUACGAAACCCAUACUCUACUCCUCUAUUGAUAUCUUCGGCGGCCCUUCAUGAUCUCCGACAACAGCCAAAAGGGCCUGUCGGCCAUUGCAGGAAUAGAGUUGGAGCUGGACGGGCGGGCUGUAUCUUCGGCGCCGGCGGAGACCAGUGCAUCGUCUGAUGAGGAUGUAGAGGCCUCAUAUUACCUCACAGGAUGGAGGCUUUACACUCUGGCGUUUGGGUGGGUCCUAUGUCCUUCUCUCCCAGCGGCAUGCCUUGACAUUAACGACAACGAGGAUCUACAUGGCAACCUUCCUUGUCAAUCUCGAGAUAUCGAUCGUGAGCACAUCUCUAGUGUCUAUCACCGAUGACCUCAAAGGGUUUAGCCAGAGCAGCUGGGUCGUCACAGCGUAUCUGUUGACAUAUACGAGCUUCAUGAUUAUCGUCGCCAAAUUAAGUGACUUAUUCGGCCGAAAGACCAUGCUUCUCCUGUCCAUGUUUGUCUUCACAGCAUUUUCGGGAGGCUGUGUCGCUGCCCAGACCAUGGUCCAGCUUAUUAUUUGUCGCGCCUUUCAAGGCAUAGGUGGAUGUGGAGUCUAUUCGAUCGUAAUGGUUAUUAUUUUCGAGAUGGUUCCACCUGCCAAAUAUACGUUUCAUUAUACGAUCCUGACGGUGUUGUACGCGUGCAGUAUGACACUGGGACCGAUCGUCGGCGGCGUUAUUAACGAUCGUUCAUCAUGGAUUUGGGUCUUUCUGCUUAAUGUACCUGCUGGGGUUGUUUGCAUGCUCCUCGUCGCAGUCUCCAUGCCUAACCAUUUCCCCAAUCAAAAGCGUCCCUCUCAGCGCAGAUCAUCAAUCAACCAGAUCGAUUUUCUCGGGGCUUUCCUGCUCCUUGCGGCGAUGACCAUGCACCUCACCGGCUUAGAGGAGGCGGCGAACCUGAAUCCCUGGAGAUCGAGUUCAGUCCUGACCCCGUUAUGUCUGUCCGGGCCCCUAUGGAUUAUUUUCAUCUUCUCACAGUACUAUGUCACGACGUCCACGCAGUCGCAAGAGCCCGUUUUCCCGUGGCGCUUCUUUCAAAACCGGGUUGCUAUGGGUCUCAUCAUCAACGCCUUUCUUAGCGGAGCAAUCUCCACCACCUGCAUGAUCCAGAUACCAGUCUUCUCGCAGGCCGCCAUAGGAAUUAGCGCGCUCGGCGCCGGCGUCCAUUUGAUCCCGUACACGCUCGCCAUGGAGAUCGGCGCUAUGUUGGUAGCCAUGGUCAUCGCAAAACGGAGACUAGCCCCAGUAUAUCUGGCCCUGGUAGCAACUGUGAUGCAGCUGGUUGGUGUCGUCCUCUUAUCCACAGGAUCUCCCGAAAGUCCAGGAUAUAGCGCCAUGUAUGGAAUCGAGGCGGUCUUGGGCCUAGGAGUAGGAGCUGCCAUCGCUGUAACAACGCUUAUGAUGCCGUAUGCGACGGAAAAGCGGGAUCUAUCUGUCGGAACCGCUUCGAUCAUUCAGUUCCGGUUCAUGGGAGGGGCCACCGCGCUGGCAAUAGUGACGGCUGUUGCAAACACCUGGCUUCGCAGUGCCAUGUUGGGCGUACUGAGCCCCGAAGAAACCGCCCUGGUUUUUAGGCGACCAGACACGAUUAACUCACUGUCUGGUGAUCUCCGGGACACGGUACGAGUCCUGUUUGCGAAGGGUUUCAACUUACAGAUGAAGAUAUUGAUAGGGUUUGCGGCGGCUCAGUUUCCCGUAACUUUUUUGACAUGGAAGAAAGACCAGAUCAAGAUAGAUUAAGUCUCCCUGACACGGUUGUUGAUAUAUUAUUAAUAGAUUUUUCUCAGCUGA